UUUAUCAGCCAAAUGUGGACGAAAGCCUUAUGCCAAUAAUCAAGUCCUCUCCGCCACUGUGUUGAGAAUAAUGUACUCGGUCUCUACUCAAAUUCAUCGCUGGCUGUCAUCAACCGCGGACUCGGACCAGCCCCCUCUGCAUCCAGCAACACGUAACCUCCACUGUGACCGAGCCGAAGAUAUCGCAUACGAAGCUCGACAGUGCAAGCGACGCAAAAUUCAUCACUCUACUCUUCCAUCUCCGCCAUCGUCCCAAUUUCUCACCCGAACGGCCAUGUCUGCUUCGGCAGGACGAAAGAGAACAAGGGAUGACCGCGACGACGACCCGUCCCUGUCUGAGCCGAGCAACCCCGAGUUACUGGACGAAGUGCACAGCGAAGAGACCCCACCUGCAAGCAAGUUUCUGCUGAUGCAGCAUCGGGAACUCUCUGGCAGAGACAGCCCUUCCCAGCCCUUCCCAGCCCUCAAGCGCCUCCAUCCGCUCUGCCUCAAUCUCAAAGAAUGCGAGGCGUCAUGGAACGCAGAUGUCCAUGCGCCUAUCCUUGAACAUGUCUUUCGACCUGAUCGGUUUGGGAGCAGUGAUCUAACCGAUUUUCGCUGUUGUCCCACGGCUCAGAUUCUUCCAGCUUUCAAGCCUCGAGAUGCUCCAUCCAAGAUGGUGGAUUUCUGUAUCUUCAUGCGGCCUCCAGCUAAUAGCCCUGAGGAAGAAUCCAUCACUGCCAUCUGCAAGUCACGACCAGGCUUGUCGAUCAAUUAUACAGACCUGGGCAAUUUCUGCAAGCAUCCUAUUGCUCUGUCGAUCGAGACUAAGCGUCCAGGGGAACACGGAGACAAGGCAACCUUGCAGAUGGGGACCUGGCACUCAUCCCAAUGGCGGAGUUUACGAUAUCCUCUCUUCCGGCCUCGAGCUGCUGGAUCUAUUAAGUUCCUCCCUGGUAUCAUUAUCCAGGGACAUGAUUGGCAGUUUGUCUCGACAAUCUUGGAUGGAAAUAACAAGGCAUUGCUUUUGACCGGAGUCAAAAUAGGAGGCACAGACUCGGAGAUGUCAGUCUACUCGCUGGUUGCUGCGUUGCAGUACUUACGGCAAUGGAUCAAAGACGUCUACUGGCCUGCAUUUGUAGCAGAUGUACUCCAAUUCAAAGCCAACGAGCAUAUCACAAGUGCAUUCUUCACAGGGCUCGAGUCAGUAAGCGAUUGUCGUGAAUACGAUCAAGACUGGUUGAAGACAGCCCGCGGUGAAGUGCAGGGCCUCGAGACUCUUAGCUACCAAGAUAGGCACAGCACCGUCCAUACAUACCUUGACUCAAAAGGAAAAGAACUUGGUCUGAGAAAUUACACGCAAGCAUCUCUCCGUAAAGGACUUCCUAUGGCAUAUAACAGAGACCCUAGAGUUCAGGAGUACAAAGAGUCACCAAAGGUUGGGGAACUUGUGGAUGUCAUGCCAGAGCGGCGUGACGCGGCCAGCCAAGCCGACGUCAAACGCCAACUGGGUUUAAGCCCUGGUCCACUACUGGAUAGAUCCCUCCUUCAAGUAGACUGGCCUGAUUACAAAAUCUGCUUCGAGUUCAUCGAUGAGGCUAGCGGUGCUCGAUGGUCCCCCACACCAACUCGUCGUUUUUCGCCCACGACAGUGAGCUUCCGGGAGUCGGGGACUCUACAUCAGCACCUCUCUUCUCCUUGA